AUGCGCUGUUCUCCCCGCUCGUGGUCAGUGCGGUGCCUUGGACCCCGUUGUUGUGUGGUUCUUAUCGCCAUCGUCUUUGCCCAGAUGGCAUCUCGCGCUUGGGUGGACGACGCUGACCGCAAUGCGGAUGAGGAACUGCCAGGUUUUGUGAAACAGUCGCAUGUGCUUCCCGCGUGGGCCACCGCUUCCGCGAACGACAACAGCGGCGUUAUUGGCGGCAAUGACGCGGCGAGCAGUGAGGCCAUCGUCUCUUCUUCGUCCGCGCUGAUGACGACGGCGCAGAAAAGAUUCCGCGAUGAGGACCUGGACGAACUGCUCGCGCGGACGGAGCCACUCUUGACGUCGAGGCACGACCGCCGGAAUGCUGCUCUUCCACCUGUCCUCUCCGUGCUUCCCCUGCCUCGUGACUCCGCACGGACGGUUCAGUGGCAUCGCAACGGGCAACUGGCCGUGGUGGGUGGCAACCACCACUUGUACCUCUUCCACGCAGCCGGCAAGUUUGUGGAGCAACUCUCCAAGACGGAUGUGGAGAAGCGAGUCGAGCACACGGCGCUUGGGGCUGCAGGCGAAGAGGUCGUCAUUGUGGGACAUCAGUCCUACACACCAGAUCUAUUGGUGCUCUCUACGGAGAAGCUAAUCCCGUUGCGGUUUCUUUUCACGCGUGACUCCGCCGUGUAUCGCAAUGCUAGACGGGAUAAUGGCAAGCAUGACUUUUACAUCAGCAACGUGGCUUUGCCGGCAACCGAUUCAUGCGCCAGGCUAGUGGGGAUAUCAAGUGGAGCCACCGUCACGAUUGGUUCCUUGUCAUCUGGUAGUGUCACCCACCGCGUCGAGAUGAGCGAUCCGGUGGUGGAUAUCUGCUUCUCAGGCGGCCCUCAUGAAUUGACUGUCGCUACGCGUAAUAAACUGACGGUGUACGAUUUGCGCAAGACUGCGCAGUUUCUGCGGGAAACCUGCGACGAUGGCACCGUAGACAUCACAACGUUUGCCACCUCCGACUCUGCCCUGGCUGUGGGGUCGAAGAGUGGUGUUGUUACUAUUUACAACAAGGGUUCGGCAGGACCCGUGAAGGCUCUCAAGAACCUGACGACGAGCAUCAGUCAUUUGGCAUUUGGAGAACGCAGCAACGGUGACGCCGUGCUCGCGUACUCGACCAAAGCUCAAAAGAGUGGGUUUCGCCUCGCUGUGCUCCCGGAGUGUCGUGUCGUGCCGUCCUUUCCCGCUGUUUCGCAGCGGCACCAGUUUAUUAAUAGCCUGGCCAUUGCCCCGACCGUCCCUGUGCUCUCCGUCGGUGAAAAGCAGAAGGUCACGAACUACGCGUUGUGA